AUGCUGCACUUUGCUUACACACAGCUCACGUUUGCCGCGUUAUUAGCGGCAGCACUUUCUAGCCCUGUGGACCAUGACAGUUGUACUUCGUUACGACACCAUGUGGACUACGUUGUCAGCUCCAGUCGUGUAAACACUGGUGGAAUUGCAGAGAUAUCAGCUGUGGCUGCCCAAAAUAUCACGGAGACAAAUACAGCUUCCUUCUGCCGUGUUGUUGGACUCAUGCCAUAUGGUCCAAAUAACACACUAAAUUUUGAAGUCUGGCUACCCGAAACCGAAAAUUACAAUGGGCGCUAUUUGUCGGUCGGCAAUGGCGGACUUGCAGGCGUGAUAGAUUACCAGGCAAUGGCGACGAAUCUCAACUCUGGCUUCGCUGUUGGAGGGUGUGACUCUGGACAUUUGGUUUCCGAGAACGGCGUUUCCGAGCCAGGAAGCUAUGUUCCGUUCCUUCACUCAUAUGCCCAGACCGCAGCGUGGAUCCGGGAUUCGAUCGCGAUGUUCACUGUACCAGCAAAAGCCAUCACAGCGACGUUCUUCCGAAACCCGCCACGGAAAUCUUACUUCUCAGGCUGUUCUACAGGCGGUGCUCAAGGAUAUGCACUGGCCCAGUACCAUCCCGAUAUCUUCGAUGGUAUUGUUGCAGGAAGUGCCGGCAACUGGUACUCCCACCUCAUCCUUUCGUUUCUGUGGAACGGCCUUCACGCACAGAAGCCUGGUGGAUUUCUAGCCCAGGACGUACUCACGUUUGCAAGGGAUGCAGCACUGGAGAAGUGUGAUGACAUUGAUGGCGUAAAAGACGGAGUGAUCGACGAUCCAAGCAAGUGUGAUUUCGAAAUUACAUCACUACUGUGCCGGUCCGGGCAGGCUCAAGUUGAGAAUAACAGAACGACAUGUCUGAACCAGACGCAACUUGCCACUUUUGAGGCGUUCUACGCUGGACCUGGGGCCGAUGUAUACCCCGGGUUUGCAAAGGGAUCGGAAUCCGAAUGGCUUCUGCUGGAAGAAACUCUCUACACCGCGUAUGCAGUACCUAUAUUGCAGAACCUUGUCUUCAAAAACUUGAGCUAUGACUACACCACUUUCGACUUUCAGAACGACGUCAAGAUUGUGGACAAGGUUGCAGGUCCUUUAAUCACCGCAACAUCCCCAAGACUCGAUGCAUUCAGAGCUCGAGGUGGAAAACUUGUCGCAUCGCAAGGCUGGGCUGACCCUUUUAACGCGCCUAUUUGGCCAAUCGACCAGCACAACGAAGCGAAAGCCAUCUACGGCGAGGCACAACUUAACGAUUUCUGGCGCUUGUUCAUGGUCCCGGGUGGUGGUCACUGCGGCCCCGCUGCUAGUUAUCCUCAGGUUCCUGGAAAGUACCACUCUCUCGAAGCUCUCAUUCCGUGGGUAGAGGAUGGUGUAGCUCCCGAGUACGUUCUGGCUACGGAGCCUUCAGAUGGAAGUAACAGGACUAGGAGGCUUUGCUCAUACCCACAGCAUGCAGUGCUGGAAGGUCAGAAUGCUGACCAUUACGAAGCAUAUACUUGCAUCGAUUAG